GUGAGCAGACAGAGCGCCUGUCUGUGUGGCGGGAGCGGCACUGCAGAGGAUAUACACAUGCUGCGUGUUGUUUUUCCUUCAGCGCGCCAACACCCCGGGAGAAGUCACAACAAAUAGUAAAAACAAAUACGUUUUAGAUAGUUAUUACAGUAAUAUAAGGGCAUACUCAAGAAAGAUGAGUCACGAAUGAGGUCUGCAGGAUGUCGUUCACGAAGGAGACGCCCCUGGCUAACGCCGUGUUUUGGGCAGCUCGUAAGGGGAAUUUGGCCCUGCUUCAAUUACUGCUCAACAGUGGCCGUGUGGAUGUCGACUGCAGAGACAGUUUUGGCACCACAGCCCUGAUGGUGGCGUCCUACAGCGGCAACUAUGACUGUGCCAGGGAGCUGAUCAUGCAGGGAGCUGACAUUAACCUGCAGAGAGAGACAGGCUCCACUGCCCUCUUCUUCGCUUCCCAGCAGGGACACAGUGAAGUAGUGAAGCUCCUCUUUGAAUUUGGUGGCUCAACUGAAUUCCAGACAAAGGACGGUGGCACAGCCCUCUCUGCAGCCUGUCAGUAUGGCCACUCUAAGGUGGUGGACACUCUGCUAAAGAACGGAGCCAAUGUUCAUGACCAGCUGCAUGAUGGUGCCACUCCACUCUUCCUUGCUUCCCAGGAGGGUCAUGUGACUGUCAUACGUCAACUUCUGUCAUCUGGAGCCAAAGUUAACCACCCUAGGGAAGAUGGCACAGCCCCCCUGUGGAUGGCAGCCCAGAUGGGACACAUUGAAGUAGUUAAGGUUUUACUUCUGCGUGGUGCAGAUCGGGAUGUUGACAGAAAAGAUGGGUCAACUGCAUUAUUCAAGGCAGCUUUCAAAGGACACAACAGUGUCAUUGAGGAGCUCCUCAAGUUCUCCCUUUCAAUGGGCCUUCUCAAGAAUGGUUCCACAGCCCUCCACGCUGCUGUCAUGGGUGGCAAUCAUAAAAGUGUAAACCUUCUGCUCGGGGCAAAUGCAGACCCCACACUACCCAACAAGAACAAUGAACUGCCAGCAGAUCUUACAAAGAGCGAUCGCAUCCUGAGGGCUCUGCGACCGCAAAUCUUAAAUGGAAGUAGUUGAUGACAACCCUAGUUGUCCAUGGUUAGACCAUGACUGCAAACCUUAGACUAUGGUUGUUUUAUGGAGAGAAAUGCACUGAGGGCUCCGAACAACAGAAAACAAACCAACAGGAUUCAGUCACACUCAACAACAAUAUUAAUAUGGUGCUUGCUUUCAAUUGCAGCUUCAGACAAUGUUAUUUGGAGUAACCAUAACUGGACAUAGCUAAGAGAAUGGUUCAAUAUGUAGCCUACUACAAAAAUGCAUCCGUUUGUGGCAAUAGUUAUUUUGCCAUGUGCAUCCUUACCUUUAAGGUGUUGUUAUAACUUUGCUGUAUAGUUUCUGUUUCUAUAAUGUUUUAUCCCUGGUGCUGUAAUAUUUCUAAAUAUUUUGCUUUUUUUUCUGCCAUUUUAAUAAAUGUAAACUGUAAAUUUGUUAAAUAAAAUAUGUGAAAUAACUCA